UAAAACAAGUCCUUGCCACCUCGGCACAGACAGUAGCCUUGAAGCUAAAARGAAGCUUGACUCAAAAGUUGUGUUUAAAAAAAUGGUUAAACAAACUAUACAGAUAUUUGGUCGCAUUAAACCUACAAAGAAAACUGUGGCGGUGUACUCUGUGGACAGAGAGAAAACUGGUGCCUCCUUGGAGUUUUUGGUGCCCAGGGACCUGGUUGAUGGCUUUGUUAACAACAAGAGAGAAGUCUACAAGUUCAGGUUCCAAAAAAUAUUUGAUCAGCACGCCAAACAAGAGGACAUAUUUGAAGAUAUUGCUAAACCAGUGGCAGAAAGUGUACUGGCUGGCUAUAACGGCACCGUAUUUGCUUACGGCCAGACAGGCAGCGGAAAAACCUUCACCAUCACAGGAGGCGCUGAACGUUUUUGUGACCGUGGCAUAAUUCCUCGUACCCUGUCCUUCCUGUAUGAACGCUUCAGUCAGGACAGCAGCAUGGUGUACACCACGCAUGUAUCCUAUCUGGAGAUCUACAAUGAGGUGGGAUAUGACCUUUUGGAUUCCCGACAUGAAGCAUCUCGACUGGAGGACCUCCAAAAAGUAAUAAUAAUGGAGGAUUCAGAGCAGAAUAUCCAUCUCAGGAACUUGUCUAUGCUUCAGUCAGCAAAUGAAGAGGAGGCUCUGAAUUUACUCUUCCUGGGUGACACCAACCGUAUGAUUGCAGAAACUCCCAUGAACCAGGCUUCCACCCGCUCACACUGUAUUUUCACCGUGCACCUMUGCAGGCGUGAACCUGGCUCAGCCACCGUGCUGCGAUCCAAGCUUCACCUGGUGGACCUGGCUGGGUCGGACAGAGUUAGCAAGACAGGUCUAGAUGGGCAGCUGCUCACUGAYGCCAAAUAUAUCAACCUUUCCCUGCACUACUUGGAACAGGUGAUAAUAGCACUUUCUGAGAAGAAUCGCUCCCAUAUCCCAUACAGAAACUCCAUGUUGACAUCAGUUCUGAGGGACAGCCUCGGGGGCAACUGCAUGACCACUAUGAUCGCCACAUUGGCAGUCGACAAAAGGAACCUUGAUGAGUCCAUCUCUACAUGUCGCUUUGCUCAGCGUGUGGCUCUCAUCAAGAAUGAGGCGAUAUUAAAUGAAGAAUUGGAUCCUGCCCUGCUGAUUGCGCAAUUGAAAAGAGAGCUCGUGUCAGUGAAGGAAGAGCUGACAAUGGUGACGGGAAAGCAGCGAGAUGAUCAGCUAACCGCAGAAGAAAUCCGGAAGUUGCAUGAGCUCGUAAAGGCUUUUGUAAAUGACCCAGAUCCAGAUGUGACCCUCUCCCUGGGACCAGACAUGAGAAAAAUCCAACGCUGUUUCUCCCUUCUGAAGUCAAUGAUUAUGGACAAACAUGGUGAACAAAAUGUGUGCAGUGAGCGACAACAGUCACCAACAGGAAGGAAAGAAAACAUCAGAAAUGACAGUACAACAGAAGAGGCCAAAUUAAAGGAGAUUCUUAAGCAACGUGAUAACGAGAUCAGUAUCCUAGUGAAGAUACUGAAAAAAGAAAAAAAACGGGCAGAUGAUGCUUCAGCUCAGCUUGCUAACAUCAGCAAUCGCCAAAACUUGUUCUCCCACAUGGCCCYGAGCACGUCAACGGCAUCACAAUCAAGAGAGGCAAACGUGGACACCUUUCCAGGAAAGCAUGAAGGACAAGCAUCCGCAAUGCUCCAGUUGAAAGAAGGAAAUGUGGAAACCUUAGCAGCAGGUCAUAGUGGAAGAAUAUCCGCACUGUCACAGCGGAGAGAACGAAACACGGACAUCUUUUUCACAAACAACGCGGAAUAUGCAAACCCAAUGUUUCCAUUUAGACGAAGAAAUGAAAAAAUCUUUGCAGAUGAUGAAAAAGAGUCCCCAAACCUGCCGCUGACGGGCAGAAACAUGGACACCUUUCCACUGAACCACGAAGGGCAAGCUUUUACAAGACUCCAGUUAAAAGAAAGCAACUUUGAAAUGAACCAUGAAGGACAAGUGUCUACAGUGUCUCAGGUGAAAAAGGCAAACAUGGCCACCUCGCCAGCAGAACAUGGAAGAGAAGUGUUAACAAGGAAACCAUUGAAAGAAGGAAGCAUGGACACCCAUCCUUUAGAACACAGAGGACAAGCUAUUCAGUACAUGAAAAGAGAUCCACAGUUUUCCAUUGGAAAACGAGAGGCCUUUGAGAUCUUUAUUAGGGAUCAUGAGGAGCAUCUAACCGUUGAAGACAACAAGAAAAUACUCAAAGAAAGAUCAGCUGAGACCAGAAAACUUGGAGAACAACUGAAUGAAACCAAAAACAGAAUCAAUGAGUUGAAGAAGCAGUUACAGUUGCGGAGGAAACAGAUGGCAGCUCAUGAUUUGAUGGAGAAUCGCACACAGGAGGAGUUCGACCCUGUGGAAGAAAACCUGCGCAAACAAAUUAAAGAAGAAAAAACAGCUUACAAGAACACGUUCGGGCGCCUAAAAGCGCUGGGGACAGAGAUUGAGCAUCUGCAGCUGUUGUUGGAGAGGGUGAAGGUCAAGAUCCAGAAAGAUUUCCAGAAGUGGUGGAGCCAGGAGGCUUCUGAUCUGCAGGAGUCUGAGUUGGGAGCUGCAGCCAGAUGUAACGCAGCUUCAUCAAACGGAUCCUUGCUGCCAUCUUCACCUGGCACUCCAGGAUUUUGUUCUCCUGGUCUGAGCAGCACACUGAAGGAGUCUCCAGCAGACCGAGACUUAAAUCCAGACCGAUCAACCUCUUCAACUCAAGCUCUGAGAAGCCCUGUCUCCAUUAAGGUCCCUGUGCCAUCCUGGCAGGAUAAGCCUUUAGAUGGGAAGAUGGGUCUGGAUCUCAAUCCUUCUGCAGAAUUGAGGGAUCUUUCCGCAACAACAAUCACGACGUCUUCUAUUCCACUGACUGGAGAUCAGCAAGUUGAUGCAGAUAUCCUGGCUUUUGUCAUGGCCCGGAAAAACCUCCUCAGCAGGAUAG